UCGAGUACAACCAUGUCUGAAGCAAACCAUGAACCCCAACGAACUCCAACGCGCAUCACGACCAAGCCACAACGCACGCUCGCUUGUGCAUCCUGCCAACAGCGAAAAGUAAAAUGCGAUCGUAAAUUUCCUUGCAGCACUUGCGUUAAGGGCGGUGUGCAGUGUAUCCCAGUAACGUUACCACGGCAGCGACGACGUCGGUUUCCUGAAGCAGAGCUGUUGCAACGCGUCAGACAUCUAGAGGACUUGCUUCGACAACACAAUAUAGACUUUGAGCCUUUGCAUGGUAAUGCCGCUGAGAAGAAUACUACUCGGAAUGUUGAGACAAACAACGGCAAGGAGGGAGGAAGAAGCAGUCCGGAGAUCAAGACGGAGACUACGUAUGAGGCAAAGUAUGUUUAUCCUCUUUCUAGAUCGCUGUAUGCAACCUUGAUUAAUCGAGGUGCUCUANGAAACCUUUGGCAAGCCAUGAAACAACAAGUACGACCUCAUCGCAAUCUCUCAUUGAUGGAGGAAGCACUGAUCGCCACUGACCAGUCUCCCAACUCGAACGACCAGGAAGACGAAAACGACGACAACAGCGAAGAAGAUGACACCAAUGACCUUCGAGACGUGGCUGGAAGUAAAAGCUGGGAUCAACUGUACAAGAACAGUACUGACUUUCUGCUAUUUGGGUCUUUGAUCACAGAUCUUGAUCUUACGGUUCUGCAUCCUCCUGAUCAUGUGCAGAUCUUCAAACUCUGGCAGGUCUAUCUGGAGAACGUGAAUCCGUUACUGAAAGUCACGCAUACGCCAACUUUACAGGUCAAACUGAUCACUGCGACUGGGGAUCUCCGAAAUGUCGACUCCAAGCUGCAAGCAUUGAUGUUUGGUAUAUACUGUGUGUCUGUCAUGAGUCUUACUGAUUUAGAAUGCCUGGAUAUGUUUGCGUCCGAGAGGGAUGGGCUCUUGCAAAGAUAUCGGUUUGGGUGCCAGCAAGCAUUGCUCAAGUGUGGCUUCCUCCAAUCUGAUGACCGAGACUGCUUGACGGCUUUGUUCUUAUACCUUUCAGUUGCUGACUCGUCUAGGNUCGCCGUGAGACCAGAUACGGAUCCUCGGUCUUUAUCAUCGUUAUUGGGCCUCACUGUACGCAUCGCACAACGCAUGGGACUGGAUAAUGAAUCAGCAAAUGCAAGUUGUGGUCCUCUGGAAGGUGAGAUGCGCCGUAGAAUAUGGUGGGCGCUUCUUCUCUUCGACAAUCGCGUCUGCGAGAUGGGCGACUAUAGAGCAGUCACUCUCACUCCAUCGUGGAACUGCAAGAUCCCUGCAAACCUUAACGAUUUUGACCUCCAGGCAGAGAUGAAAACACUGCCAAAAAGUCAUGACAGACCCACAGAGACAACUCUGGCCGUCUUGCGCUACGCGGUGGCAGAUCUCGUUCGCCACAGCUCAUUCUUCCUCGACUUCACCAAUCCAUCGCUAAAGGUCCUUGCUAAACCCAAAGACCAUGGUGGCGACUUGGUGACCCUCCAGCAAAAGAUUGAGAACGAAUACCUUCGACACCUCAAUCCAGAGAACCCACACCAGUUCUUGACUCUCUGGCUUAUACGAGGCCACAUCGCCCGCUACCUCCUAUUCCAACACUUCGCUGUCUCACCAGAUAAGCAGACACAACAACAGUGCGAUGCCUCCAUCAACUACGCACUGACAAUGCUCGACUGCUACAACAAGAUUCUAACCAACCCCUCCACAAAACGACACGUUUGGUUUCUGUACUUCCACUAUCCGUUCCCUGCUUUCAUCCACAUUCUACAGCAUCUGAAACGUGAACCUUUGGCAGACCAUGCACAAGACUGUUGGGAGGCCAUGAGCAGCAGCGCCAAAAUCAGAUUUGCAGAGCGCGAACAUACUGCGAUUCCUNUUUACAAGACGCCCUUGUUCAAGGUGUUUACAAGAAUUGUCGUCAAAGCUUGGGAAGCUAGAGUUGCAGCUUUGCAGAACCAGGACAAGCCAGACGAGGAAGUACCGUACAUCGUCGAAGAGUUCAAGAGAAGGGUGCAAGGAUCGGAGUCAUCUCCUUCAGAGGGUACGAGCAGCAAUGCAAAUAUGUCUUCCAGAUUCGAGGCAGAUGAGUCGAUGAUGCCGUUUCCGAUGAUGAACUUCGGAGGGCCUUUUGACGAGUUCAAUGGUCAGGGUGCUUCGAACCUAGGAGGUGGGGACGCUGUGGAUAGUCUGAUGGAUGUUGAUAUGGGUGCUCUUGACCUAACCGGGACAGAGUGGCCUCUGUUGAACAUUCCAGGGUCCUGA